GCAACAACUUCCCCUGGGGCAUCCAGUGCCUCAGGGAGUGUCAUUCCUUCAUCUACACCACCAGUAUCUGCUCAGGGGACCGUUAUUACUGUCCUCGUCAUCAUCCUUGUGUUGCUGCCACCAUGAUAUCGCUAUCCACCCCUCUCGAUGACUUUUUUGCACGACGAUGACUUCUGGGGCUUCCAGCGCUCCAGCGACUAUCUCCAACAGUACAUAGCGACCAGUAUGUAUGGCAGGGGCUUAGGCUAUAAAAAUCAACGGCGACGCACGACUUUAGCAGAGAUGUACCUGCGUCAUUUGUUCAUCAGUUCCAAGACUGCUAUCGCAUCAGCCUCCCCCGCUCCCCUCUCUUGUAUAUUGCAUGGUAGCCUGUCCAUUAUGCCACGUCCCCUUUAUUCUGGCAACCGACUGGGCUAUUAGAGGUGAUUUCCUCCAACAAUUUCUCAUCAUUGCAGGCAGAAAAAAAAGCAAGAUAAGAGGAGGAGAAAUAUUGACAGAAGAAUAUAUGUGAGUAUCUCAGUCGGGCACAACGUGGGUGAAGCGACUGUAUUGAGUCUACUGUACCUAUUGACAGAAGAAUAUAUGUGAGUAUCUACGAACGAGUGU